GCGCUUACGUGCAGUUGUGACGCAAAGUCUCGCGUGAUGAGACUUGUGGCGUUGGAUCGAUUGUAAGUGAGGAGGCCGGGAGCUUGCGACUAGCGUGUUUGCGGGAGCCGUAAGUAGCGAUCUCUUUUACGCAGAGUGCUACUCUUUGCCUGGUACAGUGCACACGCUAAGGCAAAGCGCAAGCGUCGGAUUAGAAAAUCCCAUAUUAGUAAGAAUCAAGCGCUGCUAAAACAAUGCCUAACAGGGAAAAUGUAGCAAGUUGUAGCAGCAGCGAGGAGGCAGCAGCUGUUGUGGAACAUGUUUGCCGUGACUUUCUGCGCAAUGUAUGCAAGCGUGGCAAGCGCUGCCGCUUCAAGCAUCCAGAUGCUGACGAUGUAUCUGACCUUGGUGUUCAGAAGAAUGAGUUUGUGUUCUGCCAUGAUUUUCAAAAUAAAGAAUGUGUACGGCUGAACUGCCGCUUUAUUCAUGGUACAAAGGAUGACGAGGAGCACUAUAAGAAAACAGGAGAACUCCCACCUCGCUUAAGGCAUAAAGUAGCAGCUGGAUUGGGCUUGUCACCUACUGACUUGCCAAACAAGGAUGAGGUACCUAUCUGCCGUGAUUUCUUAAAGGGUGAUUGCCAGCGUGGGGACCGGUGCAAAUUCAGACACUUGCAGCGGGAAUAUGAAAACCAGUAUGAUUAUUCCUGUGAUAUGCGGGGAGGGAUGAUGAAUAUGGGGGUAAGCCCUGGAAGCUUAUCUGCUCCUACUACUCGUACCUAUGAGCAAUAUGGCAAUUAUGAUGGUCUUACAGACACAGAAUAUUAUUCUUCUUACUACCGUUAUGGGGACCGAUUUGAUGAUCCUGUUAUGAAAAGAAGACGCAUGGGAUAUGAUGGAUAUUAUAGUGCUUCUCCAGUAGAGUACCGUCUCCUAGAAGAAGAGAAUGUUAUGCUCCGUAGACGUGUUGAGGACCUUAAAAAGCAAGUUUCUGUUUUAGCAGCAACCAAUGAGGUUUUACUAGAUCAAAAUGCUCAGUUUCGUAGCCAGGCCAAAGUUGUUACACUUAGCACACUGAGUACUACAGCCCCAACCAGUGAGCAAGGUGUGGGAUCAGUCACCAACUACAACCAUGGCAUUGCCCAAACCCAUACAACUCUAAGCAGUCAGGCUUUGCAACCACGAGCUGUUACUCAGCAGGAGCUUGUGGCUUCCUCUGGUGCACCUGCCUCUGCUCAAAGCAAUGCACCCCAACAGCUAAACCCAGAGAUAGCCCCACUAUCUGCAGCGCUAGCGCAAACCAUUGCUCAAGGCAUGGCUCCUCCUCCAGUAUCCAUGGCUCCAGUAGCUGUUUCUGUGGCACCAGUGGCUGUUUCAAUGGCUCAGCCCUUGCCUGGUAUCACAAUGAGCCAUGCUACUACUCCUAUGGUUACCUAUCCUAUAGCCUCACAGAGCAUGCGCAUAACAGCCUUGCCUCACUGAUUAGCAAAACUGUAAUAGCCACAGUGGCUUAUAUCUUAUGUGGCGUGGUCCUGCCAGUAAUAGGCAUAACACUUUUUUGCCUUUCAUUCUGUAACAUGGGAACACAUAAGUAAUACACUUCUGGUAUCAUGUUGUAUACCAUCAUUUCCACAACAUCAUAAAUAUUUUAACUAGGCGUUUUUAAAGGCAAACUAUCAUAAUACCAAAUUGAAAAUUAUAAAUCCCUUAUGUAGUAUAAUUUUCUUAAAUGUUGUGCUUUUUUCUAAUUUUGUAGAGAAUAGGUUUUUGUCCCUCUACAUUCCAUCCUUACUACUGGCAGCUCUUCUGCUUUUCUGCAUGUUUGCACAUCUGCAGUGUGGGGUUAUACUGAAGUGCUGAGCCCUGCAACUUGUUAAUAUGCAUUACAUCAUUUGCACAAAAUUAUGACAAUUACAAGACCAAGAUGUGAGAGGAGCUAGGAUUUUCUAUAAAAACAUUUCCCCUAUUGACUCAGUAGUGUGCCUGUUCAAUCGUCAAGAACUUAGAAAGCUGCCAGUAGCAAGGCGGAAAGUUUAGCAGAGCAGUGCAAACAGUAAAACUAAUGUAUUAUCUUCCUAUUUAUAAAAAAUGCUUCUUUCCGAUCAAGCUAUUUAUGCUUUGGUUUUGUGAUAGUUCCCCUUUAAUAUUCUUAAAGAUCUAGAGAAUAAAGCCUAAGUUAAGCUGUGCUCGUCUAUGGACAUCAAACAAGUGCUGGGCUAAAAUACUGCUCAAUACAUAUCUGUUGCACAUAUUUCCAGAUUUUUGUUUGACCUUUACUUUAAAAAGAAACUGUACAAUUGGUAAAAUCAACAUACAUACAUACAAGAGAAACGUAGUAUGUAUGCGCCAUUUCUUUGAGCUAACUUGUUUUACAUUGGGGUCUUGCCUUUUAUGUAAGGAGCCUUUUCUCCAUAAUAGGUUUAAAUGUUUUGACGCUUCUACAUCUAGUUUAAUUUAAUAUGUAUAGAAAGGCAACCAUUUUUUACACAAAAUUAAAUGAUUGUUAGGAAUUUCUCUGUAGUCCUUGUGCUGUGCCAUCUGUGUAAUGCAUCUCAGUAGUUGUAUCUAUUGGUAUUUCAUUUUAUCCUCCAAUAUUUCCAAAGGCGUUAAACAAUUACAUUAGGGAUUUGGAGGGCUGCCAUUUACAGUUCAGUGCAACGACUGCUCUCUAGGUCCUCUACUAACUUGUAAUAGAAAUAUAUAACCCAUCAUUUUGCUAUUAAGGUAAAAUCCGAUAAAUGUUUUCACUCUGCAUGUCAAACACCAUCUGCUUACCCCUUCUACUCUUACCUUUGUUUUUGUUGUGUGUAAUAAUGGCUCAAGUUUGAAGAAGAAAUUGAAAAAUUUGUAACAAUCUUUGAUUUCUGUCAUAAAAGUUUAAACACCA